UCUGGGGCGCUACUUGAAUCUGGGUGGCGUCCGCGCCGGUCCAAGUCCGUGUCAGCCCCUCAGCCUGUCUCGUCGCUAAGGAUGCCUCGGAUGGCGGCGGUCGUUCUCCUGCUGCUGUUGCCCGCGCUUUGCUCGGCUUGGCCGAGCAUCGGCCGCUACCCGGAGUACCUGCGGCCUCUUUCCCGGGGCAACUUCCAUGCCUCCGACUCGCAAUUCUUGCGGGUCGCCAGGGCGGCCGUCAACUAUCUCAACUACGGACAGGGCUCGCCCAGCUUGCUCCGGAAGGUCGCGCUGCUCGGGAAGACUUCGGUCAGGAAUAUCCCAGGAGUUGGACAUGAGUACUCCUUGCAGUUUUAUACAAAACACAUUCAAACUGGGCAAUACCUAGGAAAAUGCAAUGCAAAGGUACGCUACCAGAAGAAAAUGUCUAAACCACUGAUCGAUAUCAGUUGCACAGACAAUAAAGAUGCAGACCAAAUCAUGAAGGACGACUACAGCCUAUAUACAAAACUUAAAGCCACAUCAUCACCAGAUGAAUUAAAAUAUUUUGCCAACGUUGGCAGCAGUUACAUUGCGUGGAAGGAAUCAAGUGAAUAUGACGGUUAUGUCACGAGGGAAAUCAAAGAUGCAAAGAGAUGGGUACGUGACAACGCACUUGAAUUUGACUACACCAUUUUGGUUGAUAGUGAUGUCUCAAAGAAUUUUUCCUGUCAUAUGCGUAUUACCUGGAACUUGGAGCUGCCAAUAAAAGUGAAAUAUACAUGUUUUUCAGAAGACACUUCUGCAGAAUCCGCAGAUGGCUCUGGGGAAGAGUCAGGUUCCUAUGAUUCCUUUCAAACUAAUUUUUAAGUAGGGAGGAAAAACCUUCCAUUUGAUGCAGUUGUAAACAUUUUUGCAAAGGUGUAGCACAUCUUUUGUUAAUAUUCCAAAUUCAGUAUUGACAAUCUUGCAUCUAAAUCAAUGCAAUCUUUCUGGAAGCUUUGCACUAGUCACUUCUGAUCAUAAAUAUCUCUUUGCUGCUUAAUUUCAUAGAAAUUCAUUUUUACAGAUUUUUUAUUGUAUGGAAAAACUGAUGUGUCACUAAGUUUCUGGCAUUAGAAGUAACUCAUAAGGCAUUUUUAAAUAUAUAUGAACAAAGAUCUUUGGAAAUUUAAAAACUGCCAUUUUAAAUAAAUAUUUGUUAAAAUAUUUUUAAAUUUUGGAAAAUAUUUGAUGCUGAGAUUUAACUUAUCUUCAAUAAAAGGGAAAGAAU